AUGUCUCCUCGAACGAUCGUUGUCAUUGGUGCUACUGGCUCCCAGGGCGGUGCUGUAGCCAAAGAGCUUCUUGCAAAGCCGGACCUUUACCAUGUCUGGGCUCUCACGCGUGACCCAACCAAGCCCGCAUCACAAACGCUCGCCGCGCUUGGGGCAGAAGUUCGGCCUGCUGACCUUAAUAGUGGCAGCGAUGCCCUCGCACACGUUUUCGCUGGCGCUGAUGGUAUCUUUGCGCUAACUGACUUCUGGCAAACCCAAUCUACCACCACUGAGAUUGCGCAAGGACGCGCUAUUGUGGAUGCCGCAGCGCGGACUGAAACUCUAAAGCACUUUGUCUGGAGUGCCCUUCCCGAUCCUGUCAAGCUAUCGAACGGCCAGCUUCUCAAUAUUCACCACUGGAAGGGUAAGAGUUUGGUUACUGAGUAUAUCCAGAAGGAACACCCAGAGUUAUGGGCAAAGACCACUACUGUGUUGUUCCCCAAUUACUUUGAAAACUGCAUCACUACCCCGGAUAGAUAUCUCCCUAAGAAGGAUGCGAACGGGGUCUACACUUUAUCGUUCCCCCACAGCCCAGAAACGGUAAUGCCUAAUGUCGCCAUCGCCGACACCGGCAAACUUGUGCGUAUCAUUCUCGAGGCCGGUUCAACCUAUUUUACCAAGACAAUCGCAUUCUACUCGGAGGCACUGUCUGAGUCUGAAAAGCUGGCGAAUAUCGGAAGCCAGUACAACCUUCCCACAAAGUACCAAAAGCUCAGCAGCAGCGAAUGUCAGGAGCUUCUGGAAUCUCGGGAUGGCAUGUCCCCUGAAAUCGCUUUGGACUUCACGGAACAACUAAUGAUGUUUGAGAUUUUUGGUAAUGUUUAUGCCAACCCGGAAUUUGUGCAAGCUAGAGAGAUUCCUGGGCUGUCACUUCAAACCUGGUCGGAGUUUGUUCGUGAGAAUGAUCUACGCAAAUUCCUGUAG